UAUAGGCUUGAUGCGCACUUCACACAUGUACAAAAGCUCCAGAUGUGCUGUGUAUCUUGUUUAGUUGACUUUAUUCUUCUGUAAAGCCAAGAGAAAUAUUAAUCAUUCAUUUACUGUUAGGGGAUGGGUCUUCUUCUCAUAUUUCAGUUAAGGGGGUGGAAAAGUAAAGUAAGCCAAUUUUUUUCCUAUUUAAGGCCAAAGCUGGGGAAUGCUUGUGGCUGAGUUCUGUACAUGGCCCGGUGCUGGAAGGGCAGGGAACGACCGAUGUUGCUAUUUUGAAUAGAUUUUUCUUUCCCCCCCAUUUUUUCUUUUUGCCCAGAGAUUCUCAUGUCUAAUAUUUAGACAUGAUGAGCUUUGUGCAAAAAGUAACUUUGCUCAUUCUUGCCGUGUUUCAACCCUCAGUUAUUUUGGCACAACAAGACGUCCUAGGAGGAUGUACCCAUCUUGGGCAGGUUUAUGCUGACAGGGAUGUUUGGAAACCAGAGCCGUGCCAAAUCUGUGUGUGUGACUCCGGAUCUGUUCUCUGUGAUGACAUCAUCUGUGACGACCAGGAGUUAGACUGCCCCAACCCAGAGAUCCCCUUUGGAGAGUGCUGUCCAGUUUGUCCACAAACAACACCACAGCCUACAAAACCUCCAGUCCCACAAGGCCCCAGGGGAGAACCUGGCCCUCCUGGUCCUCCAGGCAGAAGUGGUACCCCUGGAUCCCCAGGACAGCCAGGGAGCCCUGGAGCUCCUGGUCCCCCCGGCAUCUGCCAGUCAUGUCCCAGCAUCAACGGAGGUAGUUUUUCUCCACAGUAUGACUCCUAUGAUGUGAAGGCUGGCUCAGUUGGCAUAGGUUACCCCCAGCCCAUUAGUGGCUUUCCAGGACCCCCUGGCCCCAGCGGCCCCCCUGGCCCACCUGGUCAUGCAGGUCCCCCUGGUUCUAAUGGAUACCAAGGUCCCCCCGGAGAACCAGGACAACCUGGCCCUUCUGGACCUCCAGGCCCUGCUGGCAUGAUAGGCCCAGCUGGUCCACCAGGAAAAGAUGGAGAACCAGGAAGACCAGGCAGAAAUGGAGACCGUGGAAUCCCUGGAUUACCGGGUCACAAGGGACACCCUGGAAUGCCUGGAAUGCCUGGAAUGAAAGGUUCACGAGGUUUUGAUGGAAAAGAUGGUGCCAAAGGUGACAGUGGUGCUCCUGGUCCAAAGGGUGAAACUGGUCUUCCUGGAGCAAACGGAUCACCGGGCCAACCGGGACCAAGAGGACCAGCUGGUGAAAGAGGAAGACCUGGGAAUCCUGGUGGCCCUGGUGCCCAUGGCAAAGACGGAGCUCCAGGAGCAGCAGGCCCACCUGGUCCCCCAGGCCCCCCUGGAACUGCAGGAUUUCCAGGCUCUCCAGGUUUUAAGGGUGAAGCUGGUCCUCCUGGUCCUGCUGGUGCUAGUGGUAGUCCUGGAGAGAGAGGAGAACCUGGUCCUCAGGGUCAUGCUGGGCCACCUGGGCCUCAGGGUCCUCCUGGAAGAGCUGGAAGUCCUGGCAACAAGGGUGAAAUGGGACCUUCUGGUAUUCCUGGUGCUCCUGGUCUGCCAGGAGGCCGUGGUCUUCCUGGCCCACCUGGUGCAAGUGGAAAUCCUGGAGCAAAAGGCACUCCGGGAGAACCUGGUAAGAAUGGUGCAAAAGGAGAUCCAGGCCCAAAAGGCGAGCGUGGUGAAAAUGGCACCCCAGGUGCUCCUGGACCUCCUGGUGAGGAAGGCAAAAGAGGUGCAAAUGGUGAACCUGGCCAGAAUGGUGUCCCUGGAACACCUGGAGAAAGGGGCUCCCCUGGUUUCCGUGGUUUACCCGGUAGCAAUGGACUUCCAGGCGAAAAGGGCCCUGCAGGUGAACGUGGCAGUCCAGGUCCCCCUGGCCCAAGUGGACCUGCAGGAGACCGUGGACAAGAUGGAGGCCCUGGUCUUCCAGGAAUGAGAGGUUUGCCUGGAAUUCCAGGAAGUGCUGGAAGCGAUGGGAAGCCCGGCCCUCCAGGUAAUCAGGGUGAACCUGGCCGUUCUGGUCCACCUGGCCCAGCAGGCCCACGUGGUCAACCAGGUGUAAUGGGUUUCCCCGGUCCUAAAGGAAAUGAGGGUGCACCUGGUAAGAAUGGAGAAAGAGGCCCUGGUGGACCACCUGGAACUCCUGGUCCUGCUGGAAAGAAUGGUGAUGUUGGCCUCCCUGGUCCUCCGGGACCUCCUGGUCCUUCUGGGGAGAGAGGAGAACCAGGGCCAUCAGGUUCUCCUGGCCUCCAGGGAUUGCCUGGCGGUCCAGGACCAGCUGGAGAAAAUGGAAAGCCUGGAGAACCAGGGCCAAAAGGUGAUAUUGGAGGACCUGGAUUCCCAGGCCCCAAGGGUGAAAAUGGUAUUCCAGGUGAACGUGGUGCACAGGGUCCUCCAGGACCUCCUGGAGCGAGAGGUGGGCCAGGUCCAGCUGGCUCAGAAGGUGCCAAGGGUCCUGCUGGCCCCCCUGGUGCCCCUGGAGGCACAGGGCUGCCUGGCUUACAGGGAAUGCCUGGGGAAAGAGGACCUUCUGGAAGUCCUGGACCGAAAGGGGAUAAGGGUGAACCUGGUGGCAAAGGUGUUGAUGGCCUUCCUGGUGCAAGAGGAGAGAGGGGUAAUGUUGGUCCCAUCGGUCCUCCUGGUCCUGCCGGCCCACCUGGAGAUAAGGGAGAGACUGGUCCAGCAGGUGCCCCAGGUCCAAUGGGUUCCCGUGGCGGUCCUGGUGAACGAGGAGAACAAGGUCUCCCUGGACCUGCUGGCUUCCCUGGCGCUCCAGGCCAAAAUGGUGAACCUGGUGGGAAAGGAGAGAGAGGCCCACCUGGUCUAAGAGGAGAGGCUGGACCCCCUGGAGCUGCAGGUCCACAAGGCGGCCCUGGUGCACCAGGUCCACCUGGUCCCCAAGGAACAAAAGGAGAACGUGGAUCACCUGGAGGCCCCGGUGCUGCUGGUUUCCCUGGUGCUCGUGGUCUACCUGGUCCCCCUGGUAACAAUGGUAGCCCAGGUCCCCCUGGUAAUGCAGGGCCUGCUGGCAAGGAUGGGCCUCCUGGACCCCCUGGUAAUGCUGGUCCUCCUGGCAGUUCGGGAUCUCCUGGAGCAAGAGGUGAGCCUGGCCCACCAGGUGAAAAAGGGACACCAGGCCCUCGUGGAGAAAGGGGGGCACCUGGCGACCCCGGUCCUCAAGGUAUCAUUGGUAGCCGCGGUAACACGGGUUUGCCAGGUCCGCGUGGCCUCCCUGGAGCAGCUGGAAUGGCCGGUAGCAAGGGUGAAGACGGUAAACCAGGCGUCAAUGGUGUUCCAGGAGAACGUGGUGCUCCUGGUCCACAAGGUCCUAUGGGACAAAGAGGCUUACCUGGAGAGCCCGGCAGAGAUGGUAACCCUGGCUCGGAUGGCUUGCCUGGACGCGAUGGAUCCCCAGGAGGCAAAGGUGACCGUGGUGAAAGUGGCCCUCCUGGAUCUCCAGGACCUCCUGGUCACCCUGGGCCUGCAGGUAACAACGGUGCCCCUGGAAAAGCUGGUGAAAGAGGAUUUCAGGGUCCGCCUGGCCCUCCUGGCUCUGCUGGUCCUGCUGGUGCUCGUGGUCCUGCUGGUCCUCAAGGUCCUCGUGGUGAUAAAGGUGAAACUGGUGAACGAGGCAGCGCAGGCAUCAAGGGUCAUAGAGGAUUUCCUGGUACCCCUGGUCUCCCUGGUCCUCCUGGUCCCCUGGGUCCACAAGGUGCAAUUGGAAGUCCAGGAGCUUCGGGUGCAAGGGGUCCCCCAGGACCAGCUGGGCCCCCUGGAAAAGAUGGUACAAGCGGCUAUCCAGGUCCAAUUGGUCCUCCUGGCCCCCGUGGUAACAGAGGUGAAAGUGGCCCUGCAGGUCCACCAGGCCAACCUGGUCUUCCUGGGCCUUCUGGUCCUCCUGGUCCAUGUUGUGGUGGUGGUGUAGCUUCCCUGGGUGCUGGUGAAAAAGGUCCAGUAGGCUAUGGAUAUGAAUAUCGAGAUGAGCCAAAAGAAAAUGAGAUCAACCUGGGUGACAUCAUGUCUUCAAUGAAAUCAAUCAACAACCAGAUUGAAAACAUCAUUAGUCCUGAUGGAUCACGAAAGAAUCCAGCUCGUAACUGCAGAGAUCUGAAAUUCUGCCAUCCUGAUCUUAAGAGUGGAGAGUACUGGAUUGAUCCUAAUCAAGGCUGCAAGAUGGAUGCUAUUAAAGUAUAUUGUAAUAUGGAAACUGGUGAGACAUGCCUCUCUGCUACCCCCAGCACUGUGCCAAGGAAGAACUGGUGGACCAGUGAAAACAGUGGAAAGAAACAUGUUUGGUUUGGAGAGUCUAUGAAUGGAGGCUUCCAGUUCAGCUACGGCGAUCCUGACCUUCCAGAGGAUGUCUCAGAAGUUCAGCUGGCAUUCCUCCGCAUCCUCUCCAGCCGUGCCUCCCAGAACAUUACCUACCACUGCAAGAACAGCAUUGCCUACAUGGAUCAAGCCAGCGGAAACGUUAAAAAAGCUCUGAAGCUGAUGAGUUCUGUGGAAAGUGAGAUCAAGGCUGAAGGAAACAGCAAAUACAUGUACGCAGUUCUGGAAGACGGCUGUACUAAACACACUGGUGAAUGGGGUAAAACAGUCUUUGAAUACAGAACACGCAAGACAAUGAGGUUGCCUGUGGUUGAUAUUGCACCCAUAGAUAUUGGUGGUCCUGAUCAAGAAUUUGGCGUGGACAUUGGCCCGGUCUGCUUCUUAUAAAUCGAAGAUCCUGCUCUUUCUGAAACCCCAGCAAACAGAUUCACACUCCAACUGUGCUCCUUUGUUUUAACCUUGUCAGCUAGUACAGAUGACCAUCUGUAUCCCAGUUAUUUAUUAACAAAAUUUCUGGGGGAAAAUUAAUUUGAUAUCAAGGGUUAUUUUUUUUCGCUAUUACACAAAGUACAGUAAAAAUGCUUUUUGCUCUUUUUUUUAACCAAAUUCCAUCUUCAGAACAUGUCUCCGUGGUGCUAUAAUAAAACUUCAACACUUAAUAAAACAACACUGUGUUCUAUUAGUUGAAUGUUAGCCAAUUUACAAAGCACUGAUUGCUCCCAGUACCAAAGUUUACCCUUCUUUCUAAGAUGCAGUCCAUAAAGCUAGAAAGACUUCCCUGUUUCAACUACCUCAACAUGGACAGAAACUGGGAUGUCUGAUGAGUCAAACCAAAAAAAAAAUCUCCAUCAAAUCAGUCAAAACACAUUAAACCCAUUGGUUAAGUCAGUGGAAUCAUUUGGUACAAAAUUGUGUUAUUUCUGUACUGAUUAGCUGUGAAAAAGUACAGUGUAUUUUAAGAGUUUAAUACCUUAAUGGCAGUUGUCACCGUAAUUUUAUUGUUGGAUUGUAUUCUGUUAUCAAAGGUGCUUCUCUACUUUCCUGUCAUUGCUGGUCAAGACCACUAAAAUUAGGGAAGUGUAAAAGACUAAUAUGAUGGUGCUAAUGUAUUUUUUUCACUCCUAACUCUGCAAGUCAGGGUUAUUGACUUGCUUUUUUUUAAAAAAAAAAAAAAAGUAAAGGAUUAAAAGCAAUUGUAAAUGUCUCCUGUCAAAGAUUGUCAUUGGCAUGUCAUAACUCAGAAUUUUUUUCCCUUCACUCUGUAAAAGUCAAUAAAAAAGCAAAAUUGUGAACUUCUUUUUUCACAUUAACACAUUUAUAGUGUUGAAGGUUAACCAUCUUUGUAAGCUUUUAUGUGGUUGUUGGUCUAUUCCUUACAGAGACACAUAAUAAAAUAUCUUAAUAAAACUC